GUGGAAGGUGCAGCAUAUGUCGGCUCCUUCAUGUGGAAGUCCCGUAGCCUCGGCCUGUGGAAUCGUCCUCGUGGGGAAAACAUGCUGGAUAGUGGCGCUCCAUUCUAUGAUACAUACCGUACGUCUGACGGAAAGUAUAUGGCAGUGGGGGCGAUUGAGCCUCAGUUCUAUCAACAGCUUAUUCAAGGUCUGGUCUUAGAUGAUGCUGACCUGCCCGCACAAAUGAGUGUAUCUGAUUGGCCGCAGCUCAGGCAGACAUUCACCCGGGUCUUUGCCACUAAGACGCAAGCGGAGUGGAGUCAGAUUUUCGAUGGGACAGAUGCCUGUGUCACCCCUGUGCUGUCACUGGAUGAGGUACUCUCUCACCCCCACAACCAGGCACGGGGGUCAUUCUUCAAGGACUCUCAGGGGGAAAUUAGCCCCCGACCUGCACCCAUUCUAUCCCGCUCCCCCGCAGAGCCCUGCCACUCCCGGGACCCCUUCAUCGGAGAGCACACUCGCUCUGUGCUGAAGGAGUACGGGUUUGAGCAAGCGCAAAUAGAACAGCUCUUGUCUGCCGGUAUCAUAGAGUGUACCGAAGCUAAAGCGCGUCUAUAAAUCAAAGACUCUGACUGGAGAAUCAUUACACUUUGUGGCCAGUGAUGCAGCGCGGGAAUCUGAGCACUUCAACUCCUCUGGCUCGAGUGUGAGGGGGCAUUUCGGAACAAAAUUACUCUCCCUUGUGAAUCGGUGGGUGCUGCUGUCGAAGUGGACUAAAUGAUCCUGGCCUUUUCAGUUAAAAUUUCCAAAGCAUUCAACUCUCAUUUGUAAUUGCUGCAGUGAAAGUCAAGUGGGAUUUAAUUAAAGGCUGUUGCAAAUAUUCUGUAUUAAUCUUAACAUCCCUAUUUUUGUCAGCAACCUCAUUCAACAAAGAUAUUCAAUAUUGACUUAUUUGUUUAAGACUGUUCUGAAUUAAUAAUAGGAUUGUGAGGGCAUUUUAUUUGUAGUUGAUUAAAGUGUACCACUUUUGGUUCUGAAUUGAAAUCCUUGACUAAUAAGUGCCUUUAGCAAGAAUAGCUGAGUGUGAGCCAUAGACUAAUUAACUGAGUGAAAUAUUUGCCUUUGCCUAAUUGUUAGGCAGCGCUGAUGAGCCAAGAUAAUGGUAUUAGGAUAAAACCAAUUAAUGAUUCCGCUUAAGAUGAAGUUUUCUGUUGUCAUAAUAUCGCUACUUGUAUAAAAUGUAACACUUGGUCAACAUGGAAGUGGCCUUUUAAUAAUACAGAUAGCUGUUUUAUGGCCUGUAUUUACUAUUUGUAAUGGGGUCAGUAAGUUUUGUUUUUGUUACUUAAGGACAAUUCACACUGUACUGACAAUGACAACAGACACGUUUGUUGGAUCAGUGUGUUAGCCCGUCCGUGUCUGUUAGCAUUGGUCAGCAUAGGGCUGGGCGAUAUAGCUAAAAAAUGUAUCA